GCAGAAAUAUGCUGUUGUUAUAGCGGUCAGUAUAAGCGCCUAAGGUUGCGGUUGUUGACUGAAGUGAGCUGUUUUCGUCGUUCUUGCCUGAAUUUGAAAGCAGGCUAACCCAUCGGUACUGCGAUACCAUUAUUGAGUUACAUAGCCUAGUUCAGUGAUUCUUUGUCGGAAUCUUGGUGUGUCGUAUUGUCGAGUUUUUGUGCCUCCGAAGCACAGAAGCACGUGUCGUCCUAAGGAGAUCCAGCAUCUGAAUAUGGGGAGGUGAGGGUGGAAGCAAAUUGUUGAAAGUUGUCCGGUUUCUGAUCUCUUGAAUGUAUACCGGGAUCAGAACUAUAAACAUGAAAAAGAUGAAAGGUAUAAUGACCCUCAUCUCCCUGGCACUGGCUGUGAGAUUGUUUUUGGGAUUUCUGAUCAGUAGAACAACGCUUGCUCAUGUAUCAGAUGAUGAAAAUAAUUUCCGAUCAUUGUUUGAACAUCGGAUGGAAAUGAUAUCAUUGCCAGAACAACGAAGCAUUGAGUAUUGCAACAAACCUGGUCAGAAAAUUGAAGGAAUGGAGGGAAAAUAUCCUGACUCGUCUAUGAAGUUGCUUGGGACAGUACUACUCAUUCGACAUGGAGAUCGGCUACCAAUCUCCCGUCCCCCUGCAUUCGAUGGUCAUCCUCCGCCUGGACGAAAACCAUGUUCCCUCGAUCCAUCUAUUUCUCCUACUAAUCGGAUGUUAGGUCAUUUUAUAAAUACUGUUAAAGGACAAACAGCAUUAUUAAAAAAAUCAAUGAAUCCAUAUCUACAAAAUUUUGAUCUCUUGCCCGAUACUUGUUCGGAUGUAUCUAUAACUCAAUCAGGAAUUACACAAAUGCUGGAGUUGGGUGAUUUUCUCAGGCAGAGAUAUGUGACGGAUAUUUCAAAUGUUCAUCAGGAUGUUGUUAUUUCCACCUCUCGAUUUGCGAGGACAUUUCAGAGUUUGCUAUCUUUUCUGUAUGGAUUUUUACCUGAGAGAUUCAAUGAAUUUGUAAUGGGGAAGAUCAGUACAUCGAGCUCUAUAUAUUUUUGCGACAGUGACUUGUCAUCAACUCCAUCUUUUAUGACACACUGUAAUUGUGCUAAAGCAAAAACCAUUGCACAAUUACGAGCUUCUUUCAGAUACUGGGAUCCACACAAUCCCCACAUAUCUCAUCUACAUGACUUAUUGAAAAUUGACGAAAGAAAUUCUCUGAAAAAGCGUUCUUUCGAGAGUGAGAAAAAAAUUGGUCCAACACCACUGUCUGUUGCUUCACCAAGCAGGAUUUGGGAUUGGCUAGUCUCAGAAUAUUAUUGCCAUGGGCGGCCACUUCCUUGCUUACCUAAUGAAUCCAUACCAUCACAAACCAACUGCCUUAAUUCAACUACUAUAAAAGAAUUAAUCCACCUUGUUGAUAAGAAUCAUCUCCGUAUGAUCAACGAUUUUCAAUAUAUAAAGGCCACAAGUCUUGCCAUGUACCCGUUCUUAAGUUCAAUCAACAAAAAAUUUCACGAUUUAGUGAAGAAAUACAACUAUCACUGUGCUUCAGAAGAUACCUCUGCUACUGAUAAUAAUCCGUUUGUUUGGAUUCUUUCUGGCCAUGACAUAACCAUUGGUCCAUUGUUUGUUGCUUUGGAUAUACCAUUAUUGAAGAAAGCACCUUAUGCUUCAAGAGUUGCUUUCGAGCUUUGGGUAAGUUGUGACAAGUCUGAUAACAAUUGCUGUUAUUCGCAUGAAAUCAAGCCAUAUGUUCGAAUAUUACUUAACGGUAAAGAUGUCACUGAUAACAUAGGUCACUGUGGAGCAAAAACUAACUGGGAAUUUCCCGAUACACAAAGGACAAAACAGAAUAGACCAUGUCCCCUUUCAUAUUUUAAUGAAUUCAUCAACUAUAAUUUCCUAAAAAGAUUUAACAGCACAAAUUAUGAAGAUGCUUGUCAAAGUUGAUAUUGUAGUUUGGAACUAUAGAUUUCAAUGAAAUUUUUUGAUUCACUGUAUCCCUUUUUACUCGUAUGUUUUAGUCAUUUAAUCAUCAACACUUGCCACUUUCAAUUGACUUGUUCUGUAUCAAUAUUAGAUACAAAAUAGUAUGUGUUUACAUUAGGGAUGUCCAAAAAUCUGGUUAUACGUUGAAGUAAUGGCAAAAUGAAAUGUUUCCCAACACUUUUUCUGUGAAUUAUUGCAUCUGCAGUAGCAUUGCGAUUCGUAAAAGAUUCCGCAAAGUAAUAAGUGGCCUAUUAUCUAGUUUUAUUACACAUAGUAGGCCAGGUGAAAUAUAUAUGGAAUCAUAUCUGCCAAAGUGACAUUUCGGAAUACUUAUGGAUUUGGAUAUAAAAAUAUAAAAUAAUAUAAAUUAUUUCCUAAGUUAAAAAGUGACUGAUUUAUUGUGUAUCCUACCAAGAGUGGCUGUUAUAGCGUUACUAUUAUUAAAUCAAUCAAAUGUUUAUAAAUGAGAUUGUUUUACUAUGAAAUUACCUGAAAAAAGCUGUUUGUUGCUUAUUUAGAUCAAAGUGCCAUAAGUCCUUACUUCGAUAGAGAAUGAAUUAUUUAUCUUAAAUAUAGACUAUUUCUCAUAGUCCAUAUUCAUUUUAAGAUUUUAAUUUGAAUCUCUGUUCAUUUCUUUCCCCAUAUUAAUCACUCUCUUCACAGCUGGUCCAAUAAUUUGAAUAUUCUAAAUGGAAAUGAGAACAGCAUAUAUGCGUUUACAGUUCUGAAAAUUUUUAAUUCGUUUAAUGAUAAUUGGUGCUCGCGCUCGGGUACGAAUAUACGUUUUAUUAAUAAUGUCAGUCUGUCAACAUUGUAGGAAACAUUCUAUUUAGUAAAAAUAUUUGACUGUGUACUGAAAUAAUAGGAUAAUCAGUCUAGCUAGCCCUAAUAAAAUUCCUGUAAUUUUAUUGUGUAUAAUAUCUUAUAGGAGUAAAAUUAUUUUGAUAUUCAUAUUAUCAUCAUGGACUGAAAUUGUGUAGAUGUUUAUUUCGUAUUUGUAAAGUUCAAAUUCAGUGAGAUUUAUUGAUGUUGUCAAAAAAUGCCUUUUCUGAUGAAUAGCCCGAAGAUUAAUGAAAAUCACAUUCUUCGGAUAUUAUUAACUAUUUUUUCAGUGUUCAUUAUUGCAUAAAAAUAUUGCCAUUUCUUUAAUCAUCUGUUGCUGAAAUAACUCCUAAAUUUUGCCACUUUCAAUUCUCAUCGAAUAUUGCAAUAUUUGUCGUUUUGUCCAAUUUUUAUCAUUAUGGUAUUACUAAUAUUGUUAUAAAUUAAGUAUAGUAUACACAUAUAUUGCGCACUAGAUAGUUUCAUACAUCGUUUGGUUACUUUUUAUAUUGCACGACACCAGUAGACACCAGUUCUAAAUGUAGAUGUCACACUCACACAGAUCUUUUUUUAGGGAUUUUCAGGAUAUUUUUGUGAAAAUUAUAUUUAUUACCUUCAUAGCAUUAGUUACAUUGAUGUAACACCACUUUGUACAUUUUUGGUUGAAUCUGGCGAAUAAAUUUAGUUUUGUCUCAAACUAAACCAGGAAUUCAAAGAUGUUUCAGAUUUUGACAAUAUUGAGACUAAAAUUGUAUGUGGUGUGUAGUGUCUGGAUUUGACAGUAUUUAAAUUAAGUAUAGUUAUCAAUUUUGGAAAGAAUUGGUGUUUUUUAAAAGUAGCCUAGUUAACUGCUUGCUUCUUUCUGGAAAAUUUGUCACUUUUGUGACAGAAUCAUGAUUGUAUUCCUACACUAACCAUAUUAUAGAGAUAUUCCGAUACGGAUAGCCAUUCAAAUAUAGCCAUCUUUCACUAGUGUGCUUCAGUGGUUUUUCAAAUUUUGCUAUAAACACCCAUAGUUAUUCCAGAAAACCGUGUCGACUAAAAUAUUACCUUUUGUUUUGUUAAAUUGUUUUAAUGUAAUUAGGCAAGAAAAAAUAUGUAUAAUGCUGUUUUCACAUUAUAUCAGUGAGUUACCGAUCAUUAUGUGUUUGCGAUCCAGUGUUAUGCUUUGUUAAGUAGCAAAGUGCAAAUAAUUAUCCAGAUUUGCUAUGAGCUUCGAAGAAUAUUUUUAUUAUUCCAGGGAUUUGUUAUCAAAGUAUGUUUUACAUUUAUUAUUAAUUGAAUCAUCUUUAUUAAUGGUUGAUUCUUAGUUGUUCAAUAUUACCGGUAUACACAUACUAUUUCUUAUAUACCGGUAGGUCAUUUUCAGCGGUUCCCAACCGAGGGCCUGUGGCUGUGAAGGAGGAACAAAACAAACAAUAUUACGGUAAAUAAUGACGAGUUUGACCAUUUUUUUUUUCAAAUUUGUAAAGCUGAAUACACUUUUACCACAAAGUCAUUUGACUAUUAAAACAAAACCAUGAUAGUCAUUGAUAAGCUAUAUUAAUAUUUACUACCGACUAUGUUUUUACUGUUUAUGAAUUGUAUCAUCAAUGGAUUUUUAUAGAGUUUAAAUUUAACUAGCCAUGACUUCUGGGUUUUCAAUUUGUACAAACCAGUUUUCAUGUUUGCUUGAGCGAAAUUAAUGGUGUUAGGGUGUUGAAUUGUUAGAUGUUCUGAUUUAUUUCUGUUUCUUUGUUACGCCUGAUUUUAUUUUCAACAUCCAUAAUAUUUUUGCUUCUUCCAACAAGCCAACAUAAAUCGAUAACAUUUUCAGUAACAUAUAAAUUAAAAUUGCCACUCGGGAUUUAAUCAUUUUCAUAUUUGCAGCUUUUUAUUUUAUCAACUUUUACUUGGAAAAUCUUGCUGUUUUUUGAAUAGCAUUUCUAAGUUUUUUGUUUUGAUCAACAAGAUCUCUUUUUAUUCUUAAAAUGGUGAUUUAAAGCAGGGCUACUCGACAGGCGGACGUCGGGCAGAAUCCGGGCAUUGCGAGUAUUUGAUUUGGACCGCACCUAAUUCUUCAUUUUGGAUCAUUAGUCCCACUUUUGACGUUUCCUCCUAUAAAAUGAAUUUUAUAGUUUUGAAUAUUUAUGUAAAGAACUAUAACACUAUAAUAAACAAUCUUGCUUCGCUAAUAAUCAUUAGCUGGCCGAGGAAGUGCGUGUUUGAGGAUGCCGAAAUAUAAUUUCUGGAAAGACCUUACCCAAAUAAUUUUGAAGUUUUGUAUGCGGAACUUCGUUAAAAAUAGUUGAGUAGCCCUGAUUUAAAGAACUAAAUUUGAUUGUUUUAUAUGAUAAAUUAUGUGUCAACUUCUUGCCAUUCACCCCUAAGUUCAUCUUAGAUAAUGUAUUUUAAUAAAUUGAUACACAAAUGUAUUUUGCUUUUAUUAACAUACUUUAAGGAAUUUUCAGCAAGUUAAAUACCUGAAUAUGUUGUUUUUUUCUGACUGUAGGUUGAUACCUAGAUGUAUUGCAUUACAGUUACUACAGUAAAUGUAAUCAGAUUGGUCAGAUUUUGUGACUUCAAUAUAAUGAGGAAAAUAUGUCUUUUUUUUGCUUGCCAGUAGAUUGAUUCUCAGGAUUUCCUUAUCAGUGUGGCAUUUUGAAUUUGUAUCUUUUUCUUGUUUUCUAAAAAAUACAUAAUCACAACAUGCAAACAAUAUCACAUUUUUAACUUACUGCCUUGAUUCUACAUAACAAUAUCAAGUACCGGUACCUAAAGUAACCAUCUCAGAUCAACAUACCGUAAGAGAUGAGUAGGCCUAUGAGUAAAUUUCAGAAAAUAUUGCUCUUUACUUUUGGACUGUAAUGUCUGAUAAAAUAUCUACACAAACCAUUUGAAUAAUGAGACUGAUUUCUGGUUGGAAAAUAUUCUGACUUGCAGACUCCAGCUUGCAAAUAAUCUCGACUCUAACUAGAGCUGCAACUCCCGAAAAUCAAGUUUUAAUAACAAAGGUUUUUGGGCAAAUGCAAUUCUCCUGUUAUCAUAUGUUGGAUAAGUCAAUUCCAUUUCCACCCAUUUUAAAUUUGUGCCUUGAAAUCGAUUACCACUAUUAAAAGUCUGGAAUCCUGACUCUGAGAGAAUUCCGAAUUUUAGCAUGUACUAGGAAGAAAUUAGUGAUGGCCAGUGAAUUCUUCCAGAAAUUUCGUUUUAUUCUGGUAUUGUAAUUAUAUAAUGAUUAAAUAUUAGUGUGAUUUUAUGCAGAGAUUAUGGUUGUUUGAAUGCGGAUCAUGUUUUAUUAUUUUAUUUUCGAUGUUUAUUCAGUUUGAUUUGCUGUGUAUCUUCCAAUUGUAUCUAUUGUUGAGUUGAAAUAAAAUGAGAAGAA